AUGUCUCAUUAUAAUCCAGAACAACUAAAUUUUGUUAAUAACCAUAGGAAUAAUGUUAAGGAAGGAUAUUUUUAUAAAAAUAAUUUAUUAAAAGAAAAUAAUAAUAAAAUGGAAAGUUCUAAAAAUUGUAUUAUGGUGCCUUUAAUAAAUAACCCUUCUCAUAGUGAAAAUAAUUUUUCAAAGAAUAAUAGAGAUGAAAAUAUAAAUGAAGAAAAAUCAAAAUACCAAUUUGAAUAUCAAAAUAAAAUAAUACAAGUUCCCGAAUUAAAAUAUGUAGACAAAAUGGUAUAUGAUCCAGUAAUUAUAGAAAAGGUAAAAUAUGUUCCUAAAGAGGUUAUAAAAUAUAAUAUCAUAAAGAAACCUGUAAUAAAAAACAUAAUAACUGAAAAAAAAGUGGAUGUUCUUCAGGUGAAGGAAAAAAUAAGUUUUAAAGAAGAAGAAAUUGUAGAAGAUGUGUAUAAUUAUGUUGAUAAAGAUUUAAACACAAAGUGGAAUGAAUCACAAUAUGAUAAUGAAAUGUAUAAAGAUUUAACAAAAAAAAAAAAUUAUAUAGGACAAAAUCAUUUAUUACCAAAUAAUAUAAAUAAAAUGGGACAUAUUAAUGAUCGUACAUAUAAACAUAUAAAUAAUAAUAUUACAAAUUUACUAGAACCUUUCGGACCUCAAAUCGAUGUUGAAGAAAAUAAAAUAAUCGAAAAUGUAUUCGUACCGAAUGUAGAAAAAGUAAUAGAAGUAAAUAAGAAAAUUGAUAUACCAAUAAAUUUACCAGUACCAUAUAUUGUACCGAAACCUAAAAUUAUUGACGUGGAUGUUCCGGUUUUUAAAUUUAAUGAUAAGUAUGUACCUGUUCCUGUAAGUAAAAAAAUAAUACCCAAAAUUACAUGGACAGAUAAAAUUUAUCAAGUCGACUGUUUAAUAGAGAAACCAUAUUUAGUAUACCACAAUAUAAUUAAAAUGGUACCUACAGAUUCCAAAAUUACUGUUCGAGAAUAUCCAAAGGGAAUAAAAAAAAUAAAUCCAGAAGAAUUAUAUGAAGUAGAUAAUUUGGCAUUAUGGAUGAGAGUUAAUGCUGACUUAAAACAAGAACAUGAUCAAAUGAAAAAUGAAAAAUAUGAAACAAAUAAGAAAAAAGGAAAAGGAGAAACAGAACAACUAGAUGAUAAUAUAUCAUCUGACCAUACAUGUGAAUGUUCAGAAUCAUACGAAACUUAUGAAAAAUUAUCAAAUGAAGAAUUUAAUUCAUCAAAUGAAGAAACUACAAUCAAAUCAUCUAAUGAAAACAUAUUGGAUACAUUACCAUUACAUCCUGGACAUCCUUUAGAAUUUAUUCAUUUACAAAACAAAUGGAUAAAUCAAGACACUACAAAUAUUCCUGAUAUGUAUGAUCAAAAAUAUCUAGAUGCUCACAGAAAUGCUGUAUUUAAUUUAACUACACAAAUGCCUAGAGAAGCGGAAGUAGAAGCCAAACAACUUUUAUAUAUUCAAAAAAAAUUACAGCAAGAGGAAACAUUAUGA